AUGACAUCCUUACUGUCACAGCCGACAACAAGCAGAGCAGGUGCUCUACUAGCUAUGUCAAUCGCUCGACCCCUUCCUCUCCUCUCUACCCGAUUACCCUACCCUUUAUCAAAUCGACCAUUCAGUACCUCCAAACCACGUAGAAUCAGUCAUUUCGAUACUUACCUAUUCGUAGAGAAGCUGGAGAAGAAUGGGAUGACGCGUAAACAGGCUGAAGGGGUGAUGAGUGUCUUAGCGGAGGUCGUGGAGGAAAGUAUAAAAGGGAUGGAAAGUGGUUUGGUCAGUAAGGCGGAGCAGGAGAAGCAACGUUACACUGAGAAAGUCGAUUUUGCCCGACUCAAAUCCGAGCUCCAGCUACACGAGAAGAACGAUCUAUCUCUGAUGAAAGCAGAGAACGACCGACUGAUGGCUGAUGUUGAAAAGCUAAAACAGCGUUUGAGGGAGGAAGUAACUCGUACUCAGGCAGGAGUAAGGUUAGAUCUGAAUUUGGAAAAAGGUAGAAUAAGGGACGAAUCAAGUCAACAGGAAUUAAAGAUCAAAGAGGUAGAUACGAGGAUCGAAAGUGAAAUUGCAGGUUUAAGAACUCAGAUAGAACAAGCUAAAUUUAGUAUAUUACAAUAUUUGGUUGGUGUAGCUACUGGUUCAGGUGCUUUGUUGCUCGCUUACAUGAGAAUGAUGAGAUAG